AUGGGUUCAUUGUAUCGGAGCGAGCCUAUGUCACGAUGCCAACUUUUCCUGCACUCUGACACCGUAUUCGAUGUAGUAGCCAAGCUUGGCGAACUGGGUCUUGUUCAGUUCAUUGAUUUAAACCCGGAGCGAAGUGCAUUCCAAAGACGCUUUAUGAACGAAUUAAAACGAUGCGAUCAAAUGGCUGGAAAGCUGAAAUGCAUCGAGCGGCAGAUACUCAUGGAUGGAAUUGUGAUACCGGAAGUCAACGAAUUUGUUCCUGCUCCAUUCCCAAGCGAAAUGAACACCCUUGAGGAGUCUAGCUCCAGUUCCAAAAAAGUCUCAGCAUCAGUUUCCAACGGAUUAGAUCUACAGUCCCAAGUAAGAAUGCCCAAAUGCUUUGAAGCUAGUGCUGAAGUAGAUACCAUGCCUUAUGCACUGGACUGUUUGACAAUCUGA